GCGGUCAUCCUCGCAGUUUCGCACUAACUCCGCUCCGGAUCACUCAAAACUUCAAAGAACUUCACAGCAUUUUCUUCUUGUGUCCCAGGAUAUUCAUUUUUUCCAGAUUUUGAGCUAUCGGCGAUCGGUCAAGAUGAACAAUCUUAUGGUGUUUUCGAUUUUGCUGUACCUGCAGUAUUUGUUGGCAGUUGAAGCGGAUCAGGGAAACCAAGGACAUCAAGGACAGCAGAGCAAUCAAAGCGAAGAUCAGGAAAAGGUCAAAGCCAUCUACCAAAAAUGUCAACAAGAAUCGAUGGCAGAAGAAAAGGAUUUGGACAACUUCAAAAAAAUGGAGAUGCCGUCAUCAGAGAAAGGAAAGUGCAUGAUGGCGUGUCUUAUGAGAGAGGCCAAAAUUAUUGUUAACAAAAGAUUUUCAAAGGAUGGUGCCAUGGCUUUAGCGCAGAGGUAUUACAGCACUCAACCUCAGAAUAUGGACAAAGCAAAGCAGGUCAUAGUAGCAUGUGAUAAGCAAGUUGAACAUGAAAGGAAUGAGUGCAACAUUGCAGGAAAGCUAGCAGAAUGCGUGGUUACUGAAGCUCAAAGGGUUGGCUUAACAUCAGUGCCCAAAGGCUAAAUCACCCAAAA